AAGAAUAUAAAAUAAAGUUAGAAACUACUUAUAAAUCCCUAAGCGAAGGUCGAAAAAAUAAAUCAAUUUCCCUAAAAAAAGCCUAUGAUUUAGUGGCAGAGAUAAUGAAAGAAGGUAAAGAUCUUACUAAACAAGAAACUGACAAAGAUAAGACUCAUCCCACUAAGGAAGAGUUUGAGAUGAUUAAAAAACUUUCUGGCAAUUUUGUAGAAUUUUUUACUGAUAUAAGAGAGGAAUAUCCUUCGAUUAUUAGUGAUAAACUUUAUUCAGAUUUAAAGGAAGAAGUAAAAGAAUUAGAGGAUUUUAUCAAGCAAGAAGAAGAACAUCAAAAAUCCCCUUCUGGCAACGGUAAUGGGAAUGACACAAACAACAACGACAAUACGGGUAAUAAUGAUAAUUCCAACGGCUCAAAAGGGAGCGGGAGAGGAAAAAAACCUUCUUCCUCAAACAAUUCUGAACUGGAAGAGAAGAUAAAAGAUUUACAAAAUCAAUUAAGCGCAGUCAAACAAGAAUUAGAAAAAAAGCAGCAACAAAAUCCUAAUUCCAUUGAUAGCCAGCAAGAAGAGCGAAAAAAGGAUGAAUUAGAAAGAGAGUUAGAAAGAUUAAAAAGAGAAAAAGAAGAGAAUGAGCGAAGGUCGAGAAGCCAAAAUCCCCAAAAAGAUAGCUUUCCUUAUGGAUUAGUUAUUGAUAUUUAUCCACCUCGCUCGCUAAUUUAUCAGAAAAUACAACAAAUUGUUGCUGAAAUACUUCAUCAAAAUAAUUAUCAGCCGGCAAUUUUCCCCGCUUUUGAAGCAAAAGAGUUAUUCACCACUUCCUUGGGUUCCACGACCGAUAUCAUUCACAAGGAAAUGUAUACCUUUGCGGAUAGAAAGGGACGAGAACUAGUAUUACGACCGGAGGGAACCGCCAGCAUG